UUUUUGUGCCUCUUUUAAAAAGGGUUAGGUGUAAACGCGUUCUUCAAUUCAUGAUGAGCAAUGCUGAAUCCUCUGCAGAAAGUAGAAGCGAAUUUUAUACGACUAUUUAUGCACAAGUAGAAGAGAUAAAAUCAAACAUAAGAAAAGUUGAAGAAAAACUUAUCGAAAUUAGUGAUGAUCUUUUUUGCAUGUUUCUUAGAAACAUGGAACGGUCAAGUACGGAGCUUUUGGAGAUAGCCAUUGAUGCUGCUUCGCAGUUUGAAAUUGUGAGGAAAAUAUAAGUUACGAGGCCGAUGCCCCUUCUGACAACCUGAGCGACCAUUUAUUUAGGUACAUGGAAUGUUCGUACAAUGUGGGACACCGGGGGAGCCUUCCAAAUUGCUGCAGAAAUGAGAAGAUACAGACUAGAGGUACUUGGGAUCAGUGAAACACAUUGGUUACAAGUUGGACAACAACGACUAACUACAGGAGAGCUACUGUUAUACUCCGGCCAUGAAGAAGAAAAUGCACCACAUACACAAGGAGUUGCAUUGAUGCUGUCCAAACAAGCACAAAAUGCGCUUAUAGGAUGGGAAUUUCAUGGACCAAGGAUCAUCAAAGCCUCGUUCAAAACAAAGAAAGAGGGUAUUUCAAUAAACAUCAUCCAAUGCUAUGCACCUACCAACGACUACAAUGAAGACGCUAAAGAUCAAUUCUACAAUAGGCUGCAGUCAAUCAUCGAGAAGUGCCCAACAAAGGACCUGACCAUUCUGAUGGGAGAUUUCAAUGUCAAGGUUGGAACGGACAACACUAGAUAUGAAAACAUCAUGGGACGACACGGACUGGGAGAAAGGAACAAAAAUGGUGAGAGAUUUGCAAACCUAUGUGCCUUCAAUAAACUGGUCAUUGGCGGCACUAUAUUCCCACAUAAACGCAUUCACAAAGCCACAUGGACUUCACCUGAUCACACCACGCAAAACCAAAUCGACCAUAUUUGCAUCAACAAAACGUUCAGGAGGACUAUAGAGGACGUGAGAACCAAGAGAGGAGCUGAUAUAGCAUCAGAUCAUCACUUGCUGGUCGCCAAGAUGAAAUUGAAACUCAAGAAACACUGGACAACGGGGCGGACAAUAUCACAAAAGUUCAAUACGGCCUUUCUUCAGGAUACUAACAAACUCAACAAAUUCAAGAUAGUCCUCAGCAACAAGUUCCAGGCCUUUCAUGAUCCACUCAAUGGAGAAAGAACUACUGUGGAGAGCAACUGGAAGAGGAUCAAAGAGGCAAUCACUUCAACAUGUCAUGAGGUCCUGGGUCACAAGAAGCACCACCACAAGGAAUGGAUCACUGUUGGUACACUGGAUAAGAUUCAAGAAAGAAGGAACAAGAAGGCAGCAAUCAAUACCAGUCGAACAAUAGCAGAAAAAGCCAAGACACAAGCUGAAUACACGGAAAUAAACAAACAAGUGAGGAGGAGCAUCAGAACCGACAAAUGUAAAUAUGUGGAAGAUUUAGCAAUGACGACAGAAAAGGCUGCAAGAGAAGGAAACAUGAGACAAUUAUAUGACACGACAAAGAAACUCUCUGGAAAUCGCCGCAAACCUGAACGACCAGUGAAAAGCAAGAAAGGCGAAGUAAUCACCAACAUUGAAGAGCAACAAAACAGGUGGGUAGAACGCUUCAAAGAACUCUUGAAACGACCAGCUUCACUGAACCCACCCAACAUCGAAGCAGCAUCCACGGACCUCCCACUCAAUGUUGGCCAACCAACAAUUGAAGAGAUAAGCAUGGCCAUCAGACAAAUCAAGAGUGGCAAAGCAGCAGGACCGGACAAAAUCCCAGCAGAGGCACUAGAAGCAGCCGCAGCGGCAGCUGCAAGGAUACUCCACAUUCUCUUCAAUAAGAUUUGGGAUGAGGAACAAGUACCAAAAGACUGGAAAGAAGGACGUCUGAUCAAAAUACCGAAGAAAGGCGAUCUCAGCAUCUGUGAUAACUACAGGGGCAUCACUCUUCUCUGAAUACCAGGCAUACACAGCACGCACCAAUCCAGUGACAAUUGACUGAGAAGAUUUGGGAGACGUAAAUCCUUUACAUAUCUGGGCAGCAUCAUUGAUGAACACGGUGGAUCUGAUGCAGAUGUGAAGGCGCGGAUUGGCAAAGCAAGAGCAGCAUAUUUACAACUGAGGAACAUCUGGAACUCAAAGCAACUGUCAACCAAAACCAAGGUCAGGAUUUUCAAUACAAAUGGCAAGACAGUUCUACUAUAUGGGGCAGAAACCUGGAGAACUACGAAAGCCAUCAUCCAGAAAAUACAGGUGUUUAUUAACAAUUGUCUACGCAAAAUACUUCAGAUCCAUCGGCCGGACACUAUUAGCAACAACGUACUGUGGGAGAGAACAAACCAGAUCCCAAUGGAAUAAGGAAUCAGAAAGAAACGCUGGAAGUGGAUAGGACACACAUUGAGGAAAGCACCCAACUGCGUUACAAGACAAGCCCUCACACGGAAUCCUCAAGGCCCAAGGAGAAGAGGAAGACCAAAGAACACAUUACGCCGAGAAAUGGAGAUAGACAUGAGAAGAAUGGACAAGAAUUGGAUGGAACUAGAAAAGAAGGCCCAGGACAGAGUGGGUUGGAAAAUGCUGGUCGGCGGCCUAUGCUCCAUUCGGAGUAACAGGCGUAAGUAAGUAAAGUAAGGCUAGUGAUAUUGUACAAUUGUCUCAUACCAAUGUAAAUCUAGUAUGCCAUUCGAACUAUGGAUUACAUGGUAGUUAAAAGUUAAAUCGCUUAAAUGUCAAGCUACUAUUUCAAUGAGUGAUGAAAGUCAAUCGUGAAGUGAAAUCUCAAUAUUUCUUAUUUGUUAUUUAUAAAACAAUUUGAUCUGGGUUUUUUACUUUUAUUCGUUGAUAUGGAAAGAGAAAUAACAAAGCAAUGAUAAACAACAAAAGCUGUUUUUGUGAGACAGUGUAUGACUUAAUUGGAAAUCUGUUAAGUUUUCUAUGAACCAUAAACUUUCGUUUAAAUGCAUAAAUUACAGUUAUAUUCUUUUUUUAUUCGAAAAAAUUACUGUAAUUUAAACAUGACCCACGUAAUUCAAUUUCUCAUACUUUAUUGUUCGAGCUUCUGGUUAGCGUAUCUUAUAGCGAGUUAGUCAAUAUCAUACGAAAUUUGUAUGUUAGAUUAAACUGCAAAAUCGUGCAUGGAAAACAGGUGACAAACUCGUUCGAAGUAAAGACUGGUGUCAGACAAGGUUGCUUACUCUCACCCUUUCUCUUCCUCCUGCUGAUAGACUUGACUAUGAAGAUGUCAAAAUCUGAGAAGAAGCAUGGAAAAUAGUGAACAUCUGGGAUGCAGCUGGAAGAUCUAGACUUCACAGAUGAUCUGGCUCUUCUAUCGCACACGCAACAACAAAUGCAGGAGAAGACGACCAGCGUAGCAGCAUCCUAAGCAGUAGUAGGUCUCAAUAUACAUAAAGCGAAAAGAAAGAUUCUCUGAUACAACACAGCAUGUACCAAUCUAAUCACACUUGACAGAGAAGAUUUGGGAGAUGUAAAAACCUUUACAUAUCUGGGCAGCAUCAUUGAUGAACACGGUGGAUCUGAUGCAGAUGUGAAGGCGCGGAUUGGCAAAGCAAGAGCAGCAUAUUUACAACUGAGGAACAUCUGGAACUCAAAGCAACUGUCAACCAAAACCAAGGUCAGGAUUUUCAAUACAAAUGGCAAGACAGUUCUACUAUAUGGGGCAGAAACCUGGAGAACUACGAAAGCCAUCAUCCAGAAAAUACAGGUGUUUAUUAACAAUUGUCUACGCAAAAUACUUCAGAUCCAUCGGCCGGACACUAUUAGCAACAACGUACUGUGGGAGAGAACAAACCAGAUCCCAAUGGAAUAAGGAAUCAGAAAGAAACGCUGGAAGUGGAUAGGACACACAUUGAGGAAAGCACCCAACUGCGUCACAUGGCAAACCCUCACAAGGAAUCCUCAAGGGCAAAAGGAAAGAUGAAUGCCAAAAAACAGAUUACGCUGAGAAACGGAGGCAGACAGAAAUGAAAAGGACAAUUAACAAUUUGACAGAACUAAAAUGGAAGGCCCACGAGAGAGUGAGUUGUAGAAUGCUAUUCGGCGGUCUAUGCUCCAUUCGGAGUAACAGGCGUAAGCAAGUAAGUGAUGUUCUAGCUUGAAUACAACUGUACUUUUCUCAUUUCAUAUGCGUCGAGGUCUUGUUAUUCAUGCAUUUAUUUGUGUACCUUUAUACAUUAGUUAAAUCUAGAAGAAAUUGAAAAUUACGAAUUAUAAGCUUCAAGGUUGUACUAAGUAACCUAACAUGUCAUGGUCAUAAACUAGAUUGAGAUGACAUUAUCUCUUCCUGCUAAUUAUGCAUAGACCAGUGGGCGGACAAACCAAGAACGCGAAAUACACUUUGAGGAAUCUAAUAUAAAACAAAUAAUCACUGGAUAUUUUAUCUAAUUAGUCAUCAAUUUGAAGUUUUUUUUCCCUCAAAUUGUAUCUUCAAUACACAAUCAUUUGUAUUACCACUAAUACUGUUACUACCUCUACUACUCUAGAAUUCUCCCUGAAAAUUAUUAUUAGAAUAUAACUUGAACCUAUGAAUAAGUGUGUGAGGUUCUACGUUGGGUAUAACCGACUGACUGAUUAUCAAUUAACAAUCAUUAAAAAAAGAAGAGAAGAAAAUCAAAGAAAAAGAUCCAACUGGUAUCGAAAUAACUUUUAUCAAAUCAAAAUAUCAAUUAGCUAAAUAAGAAAAUCAUGGAGUAAGUGUACUACAGGGGUAAGCUUAAAACAUCUGUGAUGAAUUUCCAGACGGUUUCUAGCUAAUCAGAAAACGACUUUGACAAAUGGAUAGUUUUGCCAAAUGUAAACUUAUUUUUUUUUGUACAACUAAUAAACGUAUUAAUGUUUUUU